UAAACUCGUGUUGAAGAUGAGAAGAAACAAAGAGGCUACACUUCAGCUUUUAUCAACUCUAGAGAGAUUAUUUAGCGAACACGACACAACUCCUGCCUUUCUUCAUUAUAUCCUGGCUCUUGACUGUCAAUUCCUCUGUGAAAGCGAUCAGGAAUAGCGGACUUUUACCGUGUUCAUAUGUAAACAGGCCUGAUGGAGGAGACACAUGAGAAAAUCAAAGAAAACUCACUGAAGAGAAAAGACAAAAAGUGUGUCACCUGCACUCAGUGUGGAACAAGUCUCUUUAACAAACAGAGUCUCAGUGAUCACAUGAUGAUCCACACCGGAGAGAAACCAUUCACAUGCACUCAUUGUGGGAUGAGUUUCAGACACUCAUCAAACUUUGGUAGACACAUGUUGGUCCACACUGGAGAGAAAACACACCAAUGUGAUCAGUGCGGGAAAACAUUUUUGAGGGCUUCAGGGCUGAAGAAACACCUUCGAGUUCAUACAGAGGGGAAGCCUUAUUCAUGCACUGUGUGUGGAAAGACUUUCAGACAUGAAGAUGGUUUAAGAGAUCAUCAGAAGAUCCACACCGGUGUGGGAGUUUAUAUUUGCUUGGUGUGUGAGAAGACCUUUAUUACGGCUGUAAAAUUGAAAAUACAUGAGAGGACUCACACUGGAGAGAAACCUUACAAGUGUUCACACUGUGAAAAGAGAUUCAGUCAGUUAGGAAGCCUGAAUAAACACAAGAUGAUUCACACCGGAGAGAAACCGUACAAGUGUUCAUACUGUGACAAGUGUUUCAAUCGGUCAGGAAUCUUAAAAAAACAUGAGAGAAUUCACACUGGAGAGAAACCUUACAAGUGUUCACACUGCGACAAGAGAUUCAAUCAGUCGGGAAUUCUGAAAGCACAUGAGAGGACUCACACUGGAGAGAAACCUUACAUGUGUUCACACUGUGGCAAGAGAUUCGGUCAUUUAUUCAGCCUGACAACACAUAAAAGGAUUCACGCUAGAGAGAAACCUUGUAACCUUGAAGGUGUAAAGUCGCCAUAGUCUAACAAGACUGCAUAUCUGCUUUGUUUCCCUUUUGGUCGGUAGUCCUCAACCACCGGGCUUGAGACCAUUACCGGUCCAUGGAUCAAUUAGUAUGGGGCUACACAAGAAAUAAUAAAUAAAACGGAAAUAAUUAAUGA